ACUGAAGUUCGGCAGUCUCGUUUCGGUCGUUGAUAACAUCACUAGAGUGCGAACUGGGUAGAAUUCUAUCGCCAUGAUUGCAAGGAUUGCAAUUUUAUUUGUCUUGUUGGCAGUAGUGACUGCUAGCAAACCGUACAAAGGAUAUAAAGUGUAUGAGGUACAACAAAAAACGAGAGAUCAAGCUGAGUUUUUGCAUCAUCUAGAGCAAUCCAACGAAAAUUUGGAUUUCUGGCACUUGAGCAAGCAUUUGGACAACAAUGCACAGGUGAUGGUACCGCCUCAUGAGCAGCGCUCUUUUGUUGCUGGCUUAAUGCGAAACGGUUUUCAAUUUAAUGUGCUGAUUGAUGAUAUUGAAAAUACAAAUGACGAAUACGAAGCUCUGGCGCCAAGAAAACCAACCUCUGCUGAAGAUAGCAUACUGCAUAAUUAUCUUCGACAUUCAGAUAUCAACCAAUACUUGGAUGGACUUGCCGAGAGAUAUUCGCCAAAAAUCAGUGUGGAGCAAAUCGGAACCUCCCACGAGGGACGCCCGCUUAAAACUAUUACUAUAAAUGCCGACUCGCAGAAUCCAAUAAUUUUCCUGGAUGCCGGAAUUCAUGCACGCGAAUGGAUCGCUCCUGCUACCGCCCUGUAUGCGAUCAAUCAGCUUGUUGAACACGCUACUGAAAAUGCCGAUGUUCUUUCAAACAUAACCUGGGUCAUCCUGCCGGUGGUAAACCCCGAUGGCUACGAGUAUAGUCAUGAGCAUGACCGCUUUUGGCGCAAGACUCGCAAACCAGCGGGAAAAUGUAUCGGUACAGAUGGGAACCGUAAUUUCGAUUUCCAUUGGGGAGAAAUUGGUGCUUCUUCUAACGCCUGUUCGGACACUUAUCGAGGGGAUGCUGCAUUUUCUGAACCAGAAACACAAGCCAUUAGGGAUGUAUUACUUAAGUUCAAGAACCGCUGUAAAUUUUACCUUUCGUUGCAUUCUUAUGGAAAAUAUCUGCUCUAUCCUUGGGGGUGGACUUCCGAUCUCCCGGAGACCUGGCAAACUAUUGAUGAAGUUGCGCAAGCUGGAGCUAACGCUAUCAAUGAGGCAACCGGUACUAAAUACACUGUAGGCAGUUCAACUAACGUGUUGUAUGCAGCUUCGGGAGGUAGUGAUGAUUGGGCGCUAGACGUAGCUGAUGUUCCGAUCACGAUCGUCAUGGAGCUGCCCAGUGGGGGUUUUGGAGGUUUUAAUCCACCUGCGCAAGCUAUUGAGGAAAGUGUGAAAGAAAGCUGGAUAGGAAUCAAAGCAAUGGCACUAAAAGUGUCCCAGAUGUUGAACACCAUUGACUAACGCUAGCAGCGUUGUGACAUUCAAUGGGUUAGCAGGAUAGAAAUAUGUCAAAUAUUUCUUGGCAAUAAACCACAAAUAGCGAUUAUUACUAUCUGCUGAA